AGGCUGUCUGGGAGAACAUGGCUCGCAUGUGCGUGAAGACCCAGAGGCUCGACGUUGCCAGAAUUUGCCUGGGAAACAUGGGGCAUGCAAGAGGAGCCAAGGCGCUGAGGGAGGCUGAACAAGAACCAGAGCAGGAGGCCAGAGUGGCUGUGCUGGCCAUUCAGCUGGGCAUGCUGGAGGACGCCGAGCGGCUGUACGUGGCUUGCAAACGCUACGACCUCCUGAACAAGUUCUAUCAAGCCUCAAACCAGUGGCAGAAAGCCAUCGAAACAGCUGAAGUUCACGAUCGGGUUCACCUACGCACCACCUACUACAACUACGCGAAGCACCUGGAGGCGACCGGAGAGCACAGUCUGGCACUCACCCACUAUGAGAAGUCAGACACGCACAGGUUCGAGGUACCCCGAAUGCUCUCUGAAGACUUACAAGCCCUGGAGAACUACAUCAACAAGACGAAAGACAAGAGCCUGUGGAAAUGGUGGGCACAGUAUCUGGAGAGCCAAUCAGAUAUGGAAUCUGCACUAAAAUACUAUGCACUGGCUCAGGAUUAUUUUUCCCUGGUCCGUGUCCACUGCUUUCAGGGCAACAUCCAGAAGGCUGCUGAAAUCGCAAAUGAAACGGGGAACUGGGCAGCGUCCUACCACUUGGCGCGCCAGUACGAGAGCCAGGAUGAAAUCAAGCAGGCUGUGCACUUCUACACCAGGGCCCAGGCGUUCAACAAUGCCAUCCGCUUGUGCAAGGAGAACAAUUUAGAUGAUCAGCUGAUGAACCUGGCUCUUCUGAGCUCUCCAGAAGACAUGAUAGAGGCAGCCUGCUAUUAUGAGGAAAAGGGGGAGCAAAUGGACAGAGCUGUCAUGUUAUACCAUAAGGCAGGACAUUUCUCCAAAGCACUGGAGCUAGCCUUUGCCACGCAGCAGUUUGGGGCCCUGCAGCUAAUCGCCGAAGACCUGGAUGAGAAAUCAGACCCAGCUCUGCUAGCCCGCUGCUCUGACUUUUUCAUUGAGCACGCUCAGUACGAGAAGGCGAUGGAGUUGCUGCUAGCAGCCAAAAAGUACCAUGAAGCUCUGCAGCUUUGCCUGAAGCAGAACCUGACCAUCACAGAGGAGAUGGCUGAGAAGAUGACAGUCUCUAAGGACUCCAAGGACCUCUCUGAGGAGUCCCGUAGGGAGCUGUUGGAGCAAAUUGCUGAUUGCUGCGUGAGACAAGGCAAUUACCACAUGGCGACCAAGAAGUACACGCAAGCAGGAAACAAGUUAAAGGCUAUGAGGGCACUCCUGAAAUCUGGAGACACCGAGAAAAUUGUCUUCUUUGCGGGAGUUUCCAGACAGAGGGAGAUUUAUAUCAUGGCAGCCAACUACCUGCAAUCCCUGGAUUGGCGAACGGACCCCGAGGUCAUGAAGAACAUCAUUAGCUUCUACACUAAAGGGCGGGCCCUGGACCUGCUGGCAGGUUUCUAUGAUGCAUGUGCUCAGGUAGAAAUCGAUGAGUACCAGAACUACGAGAAAGCACACGGAGCACUGACAGAGGCAUACAAGUGCCUUUCAAAAGCGAAGACUAGAAGCCCUCUGGAACAGGAAAGCAAACUUGCAACUUUGCAGAGCAAGAUAACCCUAAUUAAGCGCUUCAUCCACGCUCGGAGAGUUCACUCCGAAGAUCCCAAGGAAGCAGUCAGACAGUGUGAACUUCUCCUAGCUGAACAAGAUUUCGACAAUGCCAUCCGUCACGGCGACGUCUUGGGGUUUCUGGUUGAACAUUAUGUACAAGUGGAAGAUUUCCGUACGGCUCACCAGUAUCUGGAAGAGAUGCAGAAAAGAAUUCCACCCACGAACCUGACCUACUACGUGACUCAGCAGACCGUUGAGGCCGUUCACCGAGGAGUGGGCAUUCCCGUAAGCCGGACCCUGGUUCCAGGGCAAGCUCGCCACAGCAGUCUGGAGAACAAGGAGGUGGAGGAAGAAGUGGCAGAUGAAGCCGAGGAGCCUUGAUGGCUUACACUUGCCAAGCUGACUUUAAUACCAGGUCAUUUCUUCUGUCCUCGUUAGGGGUCACGCAGCAGUCAACACACUGCUGUGACAAGGCUUUUUGGUUAUUACCAAGAAAUUUCGUUUUCCUGCUUGACUGUACAAGCAACAGUAUUGAAGUUAAUAUUAUCUCAAGCACUACACACAAAGAUUCUCGUGUGUAUCCUGUUAUGAAUCUGGGUUUGGUAUUUUAAUAAA